AUGAAGACUUUACGAAGAAUCCUCGUCGUUUCGUUGCCGUGGCUCGCUGCGGCGCAAAAUGCAACCACAGGCGAAAUGCAAAUGACCGAAGCUGUGGCCGAUGUCUUUAAAAAUCAGAGGCUGACACUGAUGCUGAUUACUUCCUCCUGCGUUCUCCUCGCCAUCAUCAUCAUAUCGGUCGGCGUUUGCUUCUACAAGAAGUACGGCGGCUCUCACUAUGGCUCCGGGCAGAUCAGAAUUUUAAGCGAAGACGGAUCUAUAGAAGAAGAGGUCAUGUAUGUCUUCCAAACGAAUGGAAAAGUUCGCCGCGAAUCAGCAACAGAAGCUCGCAAGAGCCGUGGAAAAUCGUUGGGGCUCUUCUACGCGGAUCAUCAGGGAAAUAUUCUCUCUGCUCCGCACGACGGCCGGAUGGAUCGCAGCCUCACGCCCAAGGCCCUGUCGACGAGUUCUGCCUCUCCAAGCGCGCGCAAGGACUCCGAACCCGCCACCAGCUCCGUUUCUGACGAGGCAAUAAGCCACAUUAGUACUGACAGUGCGAUCGUGGUCCCUUGA